GAUGACAGGAGUCAAACAGGAACUACAGUUUCUUCAAGAAACGUCACGCGUCAUGACCAUCUGGAGACCGACGUCCCGAGAUGUCGCAUGGAGACACACGAGUGGCUGACAGAGACGGCAAAAGACGGCACAGUGUGGCGUGAAGAGCAGAUUGGAAGACAUCUGCAUCACAGCCCAAUUGAAUGCAAUCCCAUGGAUGGAGAGCCAACUGCUUUUGCCAGAAGAAAAGUGUCGAGUCGCUUACAGAGUUUCCCUCUGUUUCAUCUCUCUGCAAAUGCUUCGGACCAUACAGGAGUGGACUGUCCAGCAUGCACGCCAGACACAGCAUGGAACCUGGUUCAUGGACCUCCCUGAACUAAUGGCGUUCAUUGCAAUCCUCAUCCUGCGAGGGAUUGUCCGCCUUCCAGCGGUGCAUGACGCAUGGUCUGCAACACUGGGAGUACCCUCCAUCUUGCUGAUUAUGGCUCGAAACCGCUUCCAGGACAUCAUGCGGCACCUACGCUUCGAUGACAAGGACACACGCAUUGAACGAGUUGCAAAUGACCGGUUUGCUGCAGUCUCUGAUGUUUGGGGGUCUUUCGUUGCCAACUGCAUUGCUUCAUACAACCCAGGAAGGCAUAUCACCAUAGAUGAGCAACUUUUUCCAACCAAGACCCGUUGCUGUUUUCUGCAGUACAUUGCAACAAAACCUGACAAGUUUGGCAUAAAGUUCUGGGUGGCAUGUGACCUGAAAUCCAAGUAUGUAUGCAACAUCAUCCCAUAUCUUGGCAAAGACUCCAGUCGUCCCACGGGGGAAAAACUAUCGGAAUAUGUGGUGAUGAAGCUAAUGGAACCAUUUAUGGACAAAGGAAGAACCGUAACCACAGACAAUUUUUUCACCUCAUUGUCACUAGCAAGACGAUUGCUCGGCUGGAAGACCACCCUCCUUGGCACUGUAAACAAGAUUCGCCGUGAGCUUCCAGACUCUGCCAAAAAGACUUUGGACCAUGAGGAAUUCAGUACACAGGUGUUUUCAGCCUCUGGUGCCACACUGACCGUUUACGCGCCCAAACGGAAGUAGCAUGCACAGUAUGGUGGAGACUGGGGACACCCGAAAAAAAAAAGCCUAACACAGUCACCGACUACAACAGCUUAAAAUGUGGUGUGGAUGUCAUGGACCAGAUGGUGCGAAAGUACACUGUACGUUCAGGAACACGGCGUUGGCCAGUCGCUGGUGUUUUAUAACUUAAUUGACAUUUCAGCACUGAAUGCACAUGUGCUUUUUCAGGCAUGCACUGGGGUCAAAGAGAGACGGUCGGACUUCUUGGUGAAGCUUGCAGAAGAGCUUGCACAGUCUCAUAUGGCAGCCAAGGAGGUGCAUAAGGAAAACCUUCAGCAGCAACCACCACAGGGAAAAGGGCAUUGUGCCAGGUUAAGUGUUGCUGCAAGAAUAACCAUGCCACUAAGCAUUGCGUUUCUUGUAACAGGUUCACAUGUGGCAAAUGCAGAAAGGAGAUGUUGUGG